UAAACAAAUAAAAUUCUGAAUGGAGCUCGAUUUGUAGAACAAUAUUCGGAGCAUUUGAUAGCACAGCAUCAUGGCAGCCUGUGUGCUUUGUUUGGCUACCUCCAAUGCAACCUACGGCCUGCUGUCCGAUGAAGGGAUGCGGCUCAACAUCAGGGCGACCAUUAGCAAACAUUUCCUGUUCGUUGAGCUACCCAUUGCGGAUAAUAAUUCGGAGGUAAUCUGCCGGGAGUGCUGGCAAAACGUGAGCAGUUUCAAUGAGUUCCAUCAGCGGGUGUAUAUUCUGCACCAGCAGCGCCUAAGCGACUCGAAAAGUGUGCCCAUCGAGUUUUGUGGCGAGACAGAGGCCAUUAAUCCACUGUUUGAGCUGGAUGCCCUAUCCGAGGGAUUCUUUGCCCCCGAAGCGGUUAAGGUGGAGGUAAACGAGCUGGAACCGCUGACCAAGGUGGAGCUUCUGGAGGAUCCGGUGGACACUGAACCAAAAACUGCUACGAAAAGGAGCAGUGGAAACUCGGAUUGGCCCACCACUGCGAAGAGGCGGAUUAAGAAAGAGCAGGCCCUUGGUAGUGAUUCAGAUGGAGACGUGCCGCUGGCGGAGUUCCUCAAUACAAACACAAGGAAUGAAUCGAAUGAAUCGUCCGAGAGAAACGGCCGCCAGCUGAGAAGGAGUACGCGCCGUGGCCGAAAGCCAGCGCCCAAGCUCGAGCCCACCGAUCGUCUGAAAAAGGAAUUGGCCUCAGAUGACGAUGAUGGGGACAAUGACUUUGUGGCCGCCGAGGCUGUGCUGGGCACGGAAGACAGCGCCAGCUCCUCCUCCUCAUCCAACAGUGACAGCAGCGAUGGGGACUCGGACAACAGUUUGCCGGACUUUGAGCCGGAAGAGCGAUACGUUGAGAUACCCAAGCGGGUCGUAGUCAAGCCCAAAAAGUACCGAAAGCGUCCGAAGCCGUUGGUUCCGCCCGUCCGCAUGAGCCGCGAGGAGAUCGAACGGCGCAAGCUGCAGCAGAAUGAGUACGAUGAAAUUAUCAUCAAGUUCUUCAAGAAGUUGUCCUGCGAUAUAUGCAAUCUUCUGGUGCAGAAUUUUGCGGACAUGCGAAGCCAUCACCGCCUCACGCACAACAUCGAAUCGGGCUACGUGGCCUGCUGCGGCAAGAAGUUCACGAUACGCAAAAACCUGGCAGAACAUGUGAUGGUUCACCAGAAUCCAGACCAUUUUAUGUGCUCGCAAUGUGGCAGAGUAUUUCAGGACUCGCGCGCCAUGGAGGUGCAUGAGCAAACGCACAUAGCUCAGCCCGACCAGACGGAACCCAAGGAGAAGCAGGUCUAUCAGUGCGAAAAGUGCCCAAAGACCUUCACCACCAAGGCAGCCAUCGAAUAUCACAAGGUGUCCAAGCAUGUGGCCAAGUCCGACUACAAAUUCACCUGUCCCGAGUGCAACAAGAAAAUUCCCACAGCGCGCAAACUGAAGGAGCACAUGCGCUACAUGCAUGACCCAGAGACGGUCAUCAUGUGCGAUAAGUGCGGCAAGACCGUGCGCUCCCAAACGAAUCUCAAGAAGCAUCACGAGCUGGAACAUUCCGACGAGCCGCGUCCCAAGCCCGAGCCCGUGCAGUGCGAGAUUUGUGGCACUUGGCUGCGGCAUAUGUCCGGCCUGAAGCAGCACAUGAAUACGGUGCACGAGCCGCCGGGUGGCGAGCAUCGCUGUCACAUCUGCAACAAGACUUCGACAAACUCCAGAGCACUCAAGCGACACAUUUACCACAAUCAUCAAUGCGAACGAAAGUUCAAGUGCGGAAUGUGCGAAAAGGCUUUCAAGCGACCCCAAGAUUUGCGAGAACACACUUCCACACACACCGGAGAGGUUCUCUACACCUGUCCCAACUGCCCAAUGACUUUCUUUUCGAAUGCCAACAUGUACAAACAUCGCCAGCGGCUGCAUCGCGCCGAAUGGGAGGCAGACCGCAAGAAGCCGCUGCCGCCCAACAUCAUGAAAAUCUCGCAGGGCGCCUCCACAGUCAUGAAGAAGCGUCAUACCAACACGUCGAUGUUCGCGCAGUCGGAACCAGGGACAGCUGCUGCACAGUUGCUUAAGCAAUAGCAUUUGAAUAUUUACGAUAUAGAUAAAUCGUCAACCAUUAUUAUUAUUAACUCACAUUUAACACAGAUAAGUUAAGUCAUAAAUAAGUAGACGUCGACACACAUAAUAUUUACAACAACACCGAUGGCCCCCGGCCUUAUCUAGCUUU